AUGACGAGUACACAAGCAGCUAGCUUCAGCCGCUAUGUCGCCUAUGGCGCAGUGGCAGCACUCGUCGCAACGACGGGCUACUGUGUCUACUUUGAUCACAAGCGUCGCAACGAUCCUGUCUUUCGAAAACGUCUUGACAUAGCCGAGCGAAGGGUCGAAAAGGCAAAGCGGCUCGAUGCUCAACGAGCCAAGGACACCAACAGAGCCGCCCUGAGGAGAGCCGUCUCGCUCAUCGACAUGGACGAGCUCAAAGCGAACAUGCUCAGCGAGGAGUCCAUGGAACGCUUCUUCCUCGACCAGCUUACCCUAGCAGAGACGCUGAUUAGCCGAGGCGAGGAGUACUACGUCCCUGCCGUGCUAGCGUUCUACAAAGCCUUUAUCAGCUUCCCUCGGCCGCAGGAAUUGCUGACAGUCUACCGUCAGAUUCAGCCCACAGAAGUCUAUGAGAUGUUCAUGGAGGUCAUCGCGACACAGCUAGGCGGUGCUGGCGCUGCUUCUCGCUCAGCCCAGCCAAGAGGCAACGCCAUCCUAGAAGAGAUCGACCAAUCAGACCCACCUCCUCCAAGCGCACCCCAGGUCAACGGCCAGACCAGCUCACAGACAUCCAGUCCGAAGAGUGGAGGCUCCGGCACUUCUUACGUCCAGGUCGAACGACCGCAAGGCAGUAGCCCGGCUGCAGAUACUGCUCGCCCGCAACCGAGCGCAGAGUCCUCCGAUCCCCCCGAGUCUGCAAUCUGA